AUGGGCAUGCAACUACUCAUGCUGUGGCCACUGUGCCUGAUCUCUGCUGCAGUGGCCCAAAGCUACUAUGGCAAUGCCCUGGCCGAUGCUUUGGAGCUGCUGCGACGUGGUCAAAAUCAAAUGGAUCUCGAGGCCCUUGACGAGCGCGACCAGCUGCUCACUGAAUAUGACUUUAUUGUGGUGGGCGCCGGCACCGCGGGCUGUGCUCUGGCCGCCCGCCUCUCCGAGAAUCCCAAGUGGAGGGUGCUGCUGCUGGAGGCGGGCGGACCGGAGAGCUAUGCCAUGGACAUGCCCAUUGUGGCACACUAUCUGCAGCUGGGCGAGAUGAAUUGGAAAUAUCGGCCACAGGCCUCCAACAGCUAUUGCCUGGCGAUGAACAACAAUCGCUGCAAUUGGCCGCGCGGCAAGGUGAUGGGCGGCAGCUCCGUCCUCAACUACAUGAUGUACACACGCGGUAAUCGCCAUGACUAUGAUCGCUGGAAGGCACUGGGCAAUCCCGGCUGGGGCUAUGACGAGCUGCUGCCAUAUUUUCGCAAAUACGAGGGCUCGCACAUACCCGACGCGGACACGGGCAAGUCGCGACCCGGCCGCCAGGGACCGGUCAGCAUCAGCUACUCCUUCUUUCGGACCCCUAUUGCCACAGCCUUUGUGGAGGCCUCAAAUCAGGCGGGCCUGCCGCACCGCGACUACAAUGGCGCAUCUCAGCUGGGCGUCUCCUAUCUGCAGGCCACGGUCCAUAAUGGUACGCGUUGGAGCUCCAAUCGCGCCUACCUUUACCCAAUCAAGGGCCAACGGCCCAACCUGCACAUAAGGAAGAGAUCGCUGGUCACCAAGGUGCUCAUCGAUCCGCAGACAAAGACCGCCUAUGGCAUCAUGGUCCAGACCGCUGGACGCAUGCAGAAGGUGCUCGCUCGCAAGGAGGUGAUUGUCUCGGCGGGCGCCAUCAAUACGCCUCAGUUGCUGAUGCUCUCGGGCCUCGGUCCGGCCAAGCAUUUGCGCGAGGUGGGCAUCAAGCCGAUUGCUGAUCUGGCCGUGGGCUACAAUCUGCAGGAUCAUGUGGCGCCAGCAGUGACCUUUCUGUGCAACGCCAGCUCGCUGAGAAUACACAACAUUGUGAACACGGAUGCAGUGGGCGGCUAUCUGCGAGACGAAGGACCCCUGCGCAAUCCAGGCGGCGUGGAGGCCAUUUCCUUCUACGGAUUGGACGAUGAUGCGCGUGCCAAGGGUUGGGCGGACAUGGAGCUGUUCAUGGCAGGCAGCAGCCUGCAUCUGAAUCCAGCACUGCGGCUGGCAUUCGGCGUCAGGGCGGACAUCUAUGAGACCAUCUUUGGCGAUUUGGAGAACAGCAAACUGGACUCCUUCAUGAUCAUGCCAAUGAUAUUGCGCGCCAAGAGUCGCGGACGCAUUCGGCUCAAGAGUCGCAAUCCUCAGCAGCAUCCACUGAUCGAUGCCAACUAUUUCGCGCAUCCUUAUGAUCUGAACAUAACAGUCCGCGGCAUCGAGCAGGCGGUCAGCCUAAUGGAUCAGCCCGCAUUCAAGGCGAUCAAUGCACGCGUGCUGGAGACGCAGCUGCCCGCCUGCCGUCAUCUCGGACGUCAGACCCGCGCCUACUGGGCGUGUCAUGCGCGUCACUUCACCUUCACGAUCUAUCACUAUUCCGGUACGGCCAAAAUGGGACCACGCAGCGAUCCCAGCGCCGUGGUCGACGCGCGCCUGCGCGUCCAUGGCAUUCGAAAUUUGCGUGUGGUGGAUGCCAGCAUAAUGCCCUAUCUGGUUGCGGGUCAUCCAAAUGGGCCGGUCUUUUUAAUAGCCGAGAAGGCCGCCGAUAUGAUCAAAGAGGAUCACAACUAUAGCUAGCGAAAGUGAUGCCCCACAAAUUAAUAGAAAAUGGAUUGGCGGGGAUCUUGCCGCUCACCCAACGAUCGUUGUGGUUUUUUUUUGUCUGCUCUUCCAUUUCUUUCCAAUACCAAUUGGUGACAGUUAUAAGUGAGGAUCGUGCAUGUGGUCUAGCUAACGAUAUUUGGGAUCUUUGAUAUUGUUUCCAUGGAAUAAAACACAGCCCACUUGGUUAUAUUUAGAUCAUAAGUCAUUCAUUGUGUACAAUAUCCUGACUCAUAAAUAU